CUAUAAUGGCAGAGCAGGCAGAGAGGAGGAGAGGUGGCCGGUAGCCGGUAUCGGUAGUUAACCGAGCAGUAGUGCUCUGCUCUUCUCUCCUCCUGCACGCGGCACACUUGUUCGCUCGCUCGCUCAUGGCUGCCGUCCUCCGGUGCCUCCUGCUGGCCCUGGCCGUCCUGGUUGUCCGCAAUGCCGCCGCCCUGCCGCACCACGGCCCCGCCAAGCACGACUACAGGGACGCUCUCACCAAGUCCAUCCUCUUCUUCGAGGGCCAGAGGUCCGGCAGGCUCCCGCCGUCCCAGCGCGUGUCCUGGCGCCGGAGCUCCGGCCUAUCCGACGGCUCCUCCGUCAAGGUUGAUCUGACCGGAGGGUACUACGACGCCGGGGACAACGUCAAGUUCGGGUUCCCGCUGGCCUUCAGCUCGACCAUGCUGGCGUGGAGCGUGCUGGAGUUCGGCGGGAUGAUGAAGGGCGAGCUGCAGCACGCCCGGGACGCCGUCCGCUGGGGCUCCGACUACCUCCUCAAGGCCACCGCCCACCCCGACACCGUCUACGUCCAGGUUGGGGACGCGGGCAAGGACCACGCGUGCUGGGAGCGGCCGGAGGACAUGGACACGCCGAGGACGGUGUACAAGGUCGACCCCAGCACCCCCGGCUCCGACGUCGCCGCCGAGACCGCCGCCGCGCUCGCCGCGGCAUCCCUCGUCUUCCGCAAGUCCGACCCGGCCUACUCCAGCCGGCUCGUCGCCAGGGCCAAGAGGGUGUUCGAGUUCGCUGACAAGCACAGGGGCGUGUACAGCGCCAAGCUCUCGUCAUACGUCUGCCCCUACUACUGUUCCUACUCCGGAUACCAGGACGAGCUGCUAUGGGGCGCCGCAUGGCUACACCGGGCGACCAAGAGCCCCGUCUACCUCAGCUACAUCAAGCUGAACGGCCAGCUGCUCGGCGCCGACGAGCAGGACAACACCUUCGGAUGGGACAACAAGCACGCCGGCGCCAGGAUCCUGCUCUCCAAGUCCUUCCUGGUGCAGAAGGUGGGCGCGCUGCAGGAGUACAAGGCACACGCGGACAGCUUCAUCUGCUCCAUGGUGCCCGGCACCCCCACCGACCAGACGACCUACACCCGGGGCGGCCUCCUCUUCAAGCUCAGCGACAGUAACAUGCAAUACGUCACCUCCAGCUCCUUCCUCCUGCUCACCUACGCCAAGUACCUCGUCUCCGCCAAGAAGACCGUCUCCUGCGGCGGCGUCGCCGUCACCCCGCAGCGCCUCCGCGCCAUUGCCAGGCGUCAGGUUGACUACCUGCUGGGGAGCAACCCGAUGGGCAUGUCGUACAUGGUGGGGUACGGCGCCAAGUACCCGAAGAAGCUGCACCACCGGGCCUCCUCGCUGCCCUCCGUCGCGGCGCACCCGGGGAAGAUCGGGUGCUCGCAGGGGUUCACCGGCCUCUACUCCGGCGCGGCCAACCCGAACGUGCACGUCGGCGCCGUCGUGGGCGGGCCGAACCAGAACGACCAGUUCCCCGACCAGCGCAGCGACUACGAGCACUCGGAGCCGGCCACCUACAUCAACGCGCCCCUCGUCGGGGCGCUCGCCUACCUCGCCCACUCCUCCGGCCAGCUCUAAAAAAAAAAUCCAGGGACGCGCCGCAUUAUCGGUCCCAAGAUUGUUCGUUGCCUUGAUUGUUCCGGCGAUCUAAUUGAUUGUUGCGAUCCGGAGACCCCAGUGCAAGCAACACUAGUGGGUCUUGAUUUAUCCAUCCUACUUACUACUGCUCUAGCCUCUAGGUAGGUGUUAAGUACGAGUGCUAAGUACGUCCAACUGUGAUUCAUGUACAACAUGUACUCAGGUUGUUGUUGCAGCUCGCAACUCGUUAUGAAAUCAAGUCUUUGUGUCGA